GACGCGAAAAUAUCUCUGACAAAAAAGAAAUUAAAAAAAAAGAACCGAAUCUGUGGGGAAGGAUCCGAAAGAACAUGAACCCUAGAAAUUCGAAGAAACCCUAAUCUUAGCAACGCUUUUUGUUCAUCUUCUUCAAUCGUUUCGAAUCUGAAAUUGGCACGGCGGGAGCUAAGCUAGGGCUAUGUUUGGGCUUCGCGAAAAUUAGGGUUUUGUUUCUCCCGUUAUCUGGGAGGAGGAAAUUGACGGCGGAUUAUCUAGGGCUACGGUUAAGUGUUCCGUUUCAUGGGCGGCGCGGGAGUCUACGGUGGUGGUUUGUGUCGGUUAUGAACGUUGACCAAUGCCAGUGGCCGGAGAAGAUGAUGUGUAUGGGAGUGGACGGAGGUUGUGGUGCUGAAGAGAAGAAGAAUGAUAACAAGGGAGUCGAUUUGUUAGCUCAGGCUAGCAAACAUCUCUCGGAGAGGUCUCCUUACGAUGUUCCUGAAGAUGGUUUAGCUCUGGGGUUAAGUGUGAAUACUCUGCCAGUUGUGUUAGCUAAUUUGUUGAACCAAAAGGAUGACAAGAAGCGGCAUAAGAAGUCUCACCAUGGGACUGAGACGAAGCAGAAGAAGAAGUCUUCUAGGCAAGGGGAGAAGUUGAGAGCUGGGAGUAUAUGGGUUGAACAUGAUGACUACUUUAGGCGCUUAGAGGCUCCUGAUUUAGAAACUUUGUCAGAUUUAGCUUCUCUACGUUCUUUAUCUUCUAGAAACUGCUUUUUAGUUCCAUCCGCUAGUAUUCAACAGAGGGAAACUGAUGCGACUGCUAGAAACGAGGAUGCUGUUUGUGGAGAAGAAACUCAAGACAUUCUUAGUGAAGGGGUAAACGAAGUUGUUGGUCAUCAGCCAAUGACUGUUGAUAAUGUGGGCGAUGAGAUCUCUUCUGGUGGUUUAGAAUGGAUUGUAGGCUGUAGAAAUAGGAUUUUGUUGACAUCAGAAAGGCCCUCCAAAAAGCGGAGACGUCUUGGUAGUGAUGCAGGUUUGGAGAAAUUAGUGGUUGCCGCUCCUUGCAGAGAGAAUGCAUUGUUAUGUGAUUUUUGCUGCACUGGUGAGGCCAAGGGAUACCAUCACCAGUUGAUUGUUUGCACUUCCUGCAAAGCCACAGUUCAUAAAAAAUGCUAUGGUGUGGUUGAGGAUACGGAUAAGACAUGGUUGUGCUCCUGGUGUGAGCUGGAGAAUGGUCGUGGUAAUAGUGAAAGACCGUGCUCGCUUUGUCCGAAAAAGGGUGGCGUUCUGAAACCUGUUCUCUCGAAAACUGAGAAUGGUGGGCCACCGGAGUUUGCUCAUCUGUAUUGUUCUCUGUGGAUGCCUGAGGUGUAUAUAGAAGACUUGAAUAAAAUGGAACCUAUCUUGAAUUUGCCUGGGAUAAAAGAAACUCGCAGGAAGUUGUUGUGUAACUUGUGCAAGGUGAAAUCUGGUGCUUGCACUCGAUGUUGUUAUGCAACAUGCCGAGCAUCUUUCCAUCCUAUAUGUGCAAGGGAGGCAGGGAAUAGGCUAGAAAUCUGGGGAAAACAUGGGUGUGACACUGUUGAACUGCGAGCUUUCUGCUCGAAGCAUUCAGAUAUUCAAGAUAGUGGAAGGCCUAUAAACGGCGGAAAUAUUAAUGCAGCUGAUCCUCCUGUAUGUCAUCUUCGAACAGAAUCUAUAGGAGAUCGCCUAAGUAAUGAUGAGACGGGAGUUGAAGUAGGAACACAAGGUACAGGUUCUGAUAUUUCGAGAAACAGUGAGUUGCAAGAACUGGAAUCACCGCGUUCAGAAUUUGACAGGUCUGCAACAGACAUUGUUGAAUCAGGGAUGACUGAGAGGAGCACCGAUAAUGAAAAAAAAACUCGAUCCGAGUCUCUUAGUUUUGUAUUGAUUCUGAAAAAGUUGAUCAACCUGGGCAAAGUAGAUGUGAAGGAUGUGGCCGAAGAGAUUGGGGUCAAUCCUGAUGCUUUGAAUGCCAAACUUAUGGACGGAGACUUGUUACCUGAUUUACUAGGCAAGAUAGUUAAAUGGCUUAGCCAGCAUGCACACAUGGGUACUAGGGACAAAUGCGGAAAUAUUAAAAGUACGAACACUACUAAAUCUGAGCGUCGGGCAGCUAACUGUACUGAAGGCAUUGUGAUGUUAGAUUCUGACAUUGUAGACCCUGGUGUCUUUUCUUUGGAGCGAGCCUCUGCUGAAAUUUGUACUGGUAUUGGUUUUGUGGUUGAUGAAGCUAAAGCUAAUAAGCCAGUUUUGAAAAAAGAAAUCAGUGGGAAUUUGCCAUCUGAUCAUUCUCCAGAAGAACAGAAACCAGUAGUGCUUGAUCAGGAGUUUCGUGGGAAAAAUACAGUUCAUCUUUCUGAUGAUCUCGGAGAAAAAUCAAAUCCCAGCUCGUCUGGACUAAUGGUGGAGAAUGCCUUUUCCGUGGGGCCAAAUAGUUCUCAAAACCGUUUAAUUUUGAACGAUCCAAGUCCUAUGAUCUUGGAUCUCCUUGAUCAUGAAGCAUAUCCUGGUUUCAGUCCUCAUCCUUAUAUUCACAAAGAAUUGUCAGAGAUGGGCAAGGGAAAGACCGUGAAAAGCAGCACGAAUUCUUAUGUGGAUAGGAUGACAACCGAACCUGAUGGCUCUGAAGAAGGAACCAAGCAUCUGCAGGACGCUGGCGAUCAUACUACCUGUUGUAAUUCCCAAAGUCAGAGUGCAGACUGCGGAGACCCAUUUUGUCGGUUAGCUAAAGCUAGGAAAUUUGGCAUACUGGAUAUGUAUCCUAAAGAUGAAGUGGAAGGAGAACUUCUAUAUUAUCAACUUCAGUUACUUGGCACCGGAGUUUCAAGAAAACAACUAUCGGACGAUCUAGCCUACGCAGUUACCAAAAAGCUGCCCCUGGAGAUUGAUGAACAGCAUGGACGAAGAUGGGAUGAUGUGCUGGUCAACAAAUAUUUCCAUGAUGUCAGGGAAGCAAGAAAGCAAGGUAGGAAAGAGAAAAGACACAAAGAAGCCCAGGCUGUUCUAGCAGCUGCUACUCAAGCAGCAGCAACAUCUUCUCGGAAUACAUCGCUCAGGAAAGAUACGUCAGAAGAACCUGCUCAACAAGAGAUGAGUACGAAUAGACGUGGCGGCGCCCACCUAGUGCCACAGACAAAGGAAACACUUUUAAAGGUGCCGGUUUCCGGUCCACCAUCUGAGAAGCGUUCUGGUCAGCGUACACGAGAAUUUUCAUUAGAAAAUCCACGAAGUUGUGACAUCUGCAGACGCUCUGAAACUAUAUGGAACCUGAUUGUGGUGUGCUCUAGUUGCAAGGUUGCUGUUCACAUGGAUUGCUACAAAUGUGCUAAAGAAUCUACUGGUCCUUGGUACUGUGAACUAUGUGCGGAAUCUACUGGUUCUUUCAAUUUUUGGGAAAAACCGUAUUCUACUACAGAGUGUGCUUUAUGUGGAGGCACAACUGGGGCAUUUAGGAAAGCCACAGAUGGCCAGUGGGUUCAUGCAUUUUGUGCUGAGUGGUCUCUUGAAUCAACCUUCAGAAGGGGUCAAGUAAAUCCUGUGCAGGGAAUGGAAUCUCUGGCUAAGAACACCAACACUUGUUGUGUAUGCCAACGGAUAUAUGGUGCAUGCAUUAAGUGUAGUUAUGGUAACUGCCAGACGACAUUUCACCCCACCUGUGCCAGAAGUGCUCGCUUUCAUAUGACUGGUGGUGGAAAACUUCCGCAUAAGGCUUACUGUGAGAAACACAGCUUGGAGCAGAAGGCAAAGGCUAAAUCUCAGAAACAUGAGGCAGUGGAACAGAAAAGUCUCAAACAUUAUAGGGUUGAACUUGAGAGGUUACGCCUUCUGUGUGAGCGUAUAGUCAAGAGGGAGAAGUUAAAACGAGAGCUGGCUGUUUUCUCGCAUGAGAUACUUGCUGCCAGAAGGGAUCACGCUGCACGUAAUCCAUUUUCUCCUCCUGAAGUUUCAUCGGACUCUGCUACAACGUCAAUUAAAGGUUAUCCAGAUAGUAAUAUAUCUGGCAGUGAAGCAAUACAGAGGUCAGAUGAUAUCACCAUCGACAGCACAGCCUCUGUUAAGCAGCGGCGAGGCAAAGGUCUCGUUUUAAUAGACACUGAUCAGAAAACAGACGAUAGUGCUACUUCCAGGGGUCGGUUUACUCGUAAUCCAACCGAAAGCCAAUUAUUUUCUGUGAAAACCGUUCCACGCAAACAUUGUAUAGUCUCGCCAAGUGUUUCAGAGGAAGGAGAUGAAGAAUCAGAGACCAAGAAGCAGCAUGUAGAAACAUUUGCGAAGGAGCUUGUGAUGACAUCGGAUGAAGCUUCUUUCAAGAACCGGCGGCUCCCAAAGGGAUACUUUUAUGUUCCUGUUGAUGGUCUGCAAGAAGACAAGCCAGAUUCAUCUGAUAAGCCAAUCAACCAAACUGUGCCUUAUGGUGAGUGUGAGAUUUGAGAGGAGAGAAAAAAAAAAGGCUCAUUUUAGAUUCAGGGUAGUGAGAAAAAAGAGCUCCCCCUGUGACCUUAUAAAAAGGAACAGUCACUUCAUUCUGUUUGUAUACAGCAGCUUAAGCAAUAGGGUAGAGCAGAAGUGUAAAUAUUCAUCAAUUGUGUCUACAAUUUCUUUAGUUAUGCAUUUUUAUUCACACUUUUA